GCACCCGGGCGGCCCUGCCCUUCCGACGUGGCAGAGUAAACGCUGGCUCCCAGUGGACGCGGGACAGGACGGGACGGGCCAGUCCGGGAGCGGGUCUCGUUGCGGGCGGCAGGGCUGGGCCCAGCGGCGCCGCCCGGCCGCAGCGGAGGCGCUGAACGAGUGCGGAGCGGGCGCGGGGCGGGCAGCGGCCCCGCAACGAAUUGCCCCGGCUCCCGCCUCCCCCCCUCGAAGCGCGGGCCCCGGGCAGGUGCGGACACACGGGCUGCCCCGCUGCGGGAGCUCUCUGCGGGCUGCCCUGGCUCCUCGCCGCCCGGGGCUGCAGGCACCUCUCGGGGACAGCCCGUCCUGGGGCAGGGGGCAGGGACUCGGGUAACCCCCGCGGGAAGUGCCAGGGCCGCUGUCCCAGGUGGUUACGGAGACACGUCUGAGCCCCCCGGAGGAGGAGGGGCCUGGAUCCGCGCUGGCAACACCUGUCUGAUGGCACCUGGUGCGCGGGGCCGGCUCGUGCUCCCGCCCCGCCCCGGCCCGCCCCCCCCCCGGCCCGGCCCGGUCCGGUCCGGUCCCCCGGGAGCCGCCUGGCCAAUGGUUCGUGCCAUCUCUCCGCAGAUCGCAUCCCGGGCCGGGGCUUUAAAGAGAUUGGGCGGCGAGCGGCAGAGGGACCCGCGACGUGCGCGCCGAGGCCGAGCGUGACCCGAGCAUCCCGCACCAUGCCCAGGUCCUUCCUGGUGAAGAGCAAGAAGGCGCACAGCUACCACCAGCCGCGCUCCCCGGACGAGGACUACGGCCUGCGGCUGCACAGCGUCCUGGCGCACAUCUGCGCAGACGGCCAGAUCGCGGGCGAGGCGGGCCUCCCGGAGCCGGAGCAUCCCCAGGGCCGCUUCUCCCCGGACUCGCACCUCACCGAGGCCGCCGACGGCGCGUCCGAGUCGGCGCCCAGCUGCGAGGGCAGCGUGUGCGACCGGGCCUCGGAGCUGGAGGACUUCUGGAGACCGCCCUCGCCCUCCGCCUCGCCAGCCUCUGAGCGUUCUGUCUGCCCCUCUCUGGAUGAGGCACCGCCAUUCUCUGUACCCUUCAAACCAUAUGCAUGGGGCAGCCUGGGUGGCUCUGAGCUGAGGCAUUUGGUGCAGAGCUACAGGCCCUGCCCAACCCUGGAGCGUACCUCAGCCCUGGGCCUCUUCUGUGAGCGGAGCUCAGAGACUGCCCUCUACAAUGCAGAGCGUGGCUCAGCCCUGGGACUCUAUGGUGACUUCGGUUCCCCUGGGUCAGGACUUUUUGAGCGAUCCGCAGCAGCAGCACCAGGCCUCUAUGCAGAGGCCCAGCCUGGGCUGCAGCAGGAGAAGGGCCCAGGUGGAAUCAAGGUGGAGGCAGAGCUUCUAUGCCGCCCCUUACUCAUCACCACCGGCUCCUACAAGUGCGUCAAGUGCAGCAAGGUCUUUUCUACACCUCAUGGCCUGGAGGUGCAUGUGCGUCGCUCACACAGUGGAACAAGACCCUUCGCCUGUGACAUGUGUGGCAAGACCUUUGGCCAUGCAGUCAGCCUGGAGCAGCACAAGGCUGUGCACUCGCAGGAACGCAGCUUUGAUUGUAAGAUCUGUGGCAAGAGCUUUAAGAGAUCUUCCACCUUGUCUACCCAUCUGCUCAUCCAUUCAGACACGCGCCCCUAUCCCUGUCAGUACUGUGGGAAGCGGUUUCACCAGAAAUCUGACAUGAAGAAACACACCUUCAUUCACACAGGUGAGAAACCCCACAAGUGCCAGGUGUGUGGCAAAGCAUUCAGUCAAAGCUCCAACCUCAUCACCCACAGUCGUAAGCAUACCGGCUUCAAGCCCUUUGGCUGUGAUCUGUGUGGCAAAGGCUUCCAGAGGAAGGUGGAUUUAAGGAGACAUCGGGAGACACAACAUGGUCUGAAAUGAGACCUGCCUACAGUCUCGCAAACACCUACAACACUAUGUGAACAGGCUUCCUCAGCUUUCCUGGUGGCCCUGAGCCCUGCCCUUCGCACAGAUCCUGGCAUUACCUUUCUGGGUAGGAGCUCAGAGACAAAAGGAGAGGACAGGACAGCAGAUUUGAAGUUCAACUGGAAGGACUUGGCUGGGGUUUCUUUCUCUUUCUGUCUCUUCACUCCCUUGCUUUUUUUUUUUUUUAAACACUGGAAAACAAACAUUUCCACCAGAAGCCUGAAACUCCAAAUGUAGAUAAGCUACAAAACAGCUGUGAGCUGGAAGGUUCUUUGCCCAUGGCAAAGAUGAAAUCCCUCAACUCUUUUUUUUUUAAAUAACUUGCAGGGAAAUAUGGGUAAGAGUUUACAUGAUAAAUACACUGAAAAAUCUGGUAAAUAUUAUAAGGACUGCUUGUUCAGGUCAACUUAACUGUUCAAUAGCUUUUUUGGUCAUUUCCUAACUGGACAGCCAGUAGAGGAGGAGUGGGGUUGGACAGUGCAAUCUGACAUCUUGCUACUUUCAGAGCCAAAGUCUCAGCUUGGGCUAGAUUCUGCUCUCACAUAAUAAUGGCAUAAAUCAGGAGUUACACUGCUGGAAAACUAAGGUGAAAAGAGUCAGGCCCCUUCUGCUUUUCUAAACUGUCUAUCUGUUAUCCACGGAAGAGCUGGCUGUAUGACUUUGCUUAUGUAUGUGUGUGUGGAUUGGGAGUUAACUUCUCUCUACGUCCACUAGUGAAGGACUUAACAGAAAAAGCCAAAGCCUUAUUAACUGGAGCUCCUAAGAAUACCUGUUUGUCCCUGAUUGAGAAGGGCAAGACCAAAGGGCCAGACACAAGCUUUCUGUCCAGAAUGACCAUCAUCUUCACCACUCUGGGUUUGAUUAUAAAUAACUGGGAAGUAGCUAACUAGUUACUGAUAGAUUUGUUUGUAUAGUUGGGCUUUUGUAUUUUUUAAUGGUAUUAUAUCUGAGGUGGAUAGGAAUCAGAAAAGUAUAAAUAAUUGAUUUUGCCUUAAAUGAUCCUAUGCAUACCUCAGUGAAAAAAAACCACGUUAUUGUUUUUACUUUGUUGGAAGGAUUGUAAAUGUCUUUAUUUAGGUUUUUUUGGAGUGUCUUAUGUUUAUUGAUAUAUAUUUAUUGGAAUAAUGUUUUAAAUUAAUAAAGUAUUGAAAAUGUU